AUAAACGCCGUCGCUUUAGUAGCUAAGAACCAAAAAAAAGAGAUUUUUGAACAAUUUGCUACCUUCUGGAGCGGUAAUGUGAUGUCUUCUUCUUGGGAGUAAAUCGUAAAAACCUAAUCUUUCAGACUUUGAUGGCAUCAAAUUUCAAUUGACAACAGUUUUUGAAGUGACCAAGAAGAUGGCGCUGAAAACCCUAAUUCAGUUCCCAGUUUUCGCGCCACCGAACCCGACACGCCACCGUCCGGUCACCGAAAUCCGCUUCUCGCGUUGGAACAACGCCAACGCUGAGAAGUUCAUCCGCCACGAGCGCCCCCAGAAGGAAAUCGAAGACGAACUUCGCCGCCUCAAGCGCUUCAACUCCGCCCAAAAAAUCUCCAAUAUUCCCGAAAAUGCCGCCGCCCCCGCCGCGGCGGACACCUUCAGGUCCACGGGAACCCGGUCCGCGCCUUCUCGCCCCUCGAUUCCCGGCAAAGCUUCGAAGUACUCCAAAAACCCUAGACAAACCCACCCGGCUUUUCGCCGGUUUUCCAAAGCGGUAAAAGCUCCGGCCGACACCGAAAAGGCCGACGCCCGCUUGGAAUUAAGCGACGACGGAGUGUCGUACGUCCUUCCCGACGCUCCAUUCCCGUUUCAGUACAGUUACACUGAGACGCCGAAGGUGAAGCCGCUGAAGCUGCGCGAGCCGCCAGUGGCGCCAUUCGGGCCGAGCACGAUGCCGCGGCCGUGGACGGGGCGGAAGCCGCUGGCGCCGAGCAAGAAGAAACUGGAAUUUGAUUCGUUUCAGCUUCCACCGCCUCAUAAAAAGGGCGUCAAGCCGGUGCAGGCGCCGGGGCCGUUCUUGCCGGGGUCCGGCCCGAAGUAUGUCCAGUCAAGGGAGGAGAUAUUGGGAGAGCCAUUGACGAAGGAGGAAAUUGAUGAGCUCGUGAAGAGUAGUAUGAAAUCCCAGCGGCAAUUGAAUAUGGGGAGAGAUGGCUUGACACACAACAUGUUGGACAACAUCCAUGCACAUUGGAAGCGAAGGAGGGUCUGCAAGAUAAAAUGCAAAGGGGUGUGCACCGUUGACAUGGACAAUGUGCGCCAACAGUUAGAGGAAAAAACAGGAGGGAAGGUCGUAUAUAACAGAGGCGGGGUCAUAUACCUAUUCCGUGGUAGAAAUUAUAACUAUAAAACUCGGGCACGCUUUCCUCUUAUGCUGUGGAAGCCAGUUACGCCUGUAUAUCCAAGGCUGAUUCAGAGAGCGCCCGAGGGACUUACAUUGGAAGAAGCAAGUGAGAUGCGCAAGAAGGGGCGCACAUUAACACCAAUAUGCAAGCUUGGGAAAAAUGGUGUAUAUUCUAACCUAGUGAAAAAUGUUAGAGAGGCAUUAGAGGCAUGUGAGUUGGUGCGAAUUAAUUGCCAAGGGAUGAAUGGAAGUGACUACCAUAAAAUAGGUGCCAAACUCAAGGAUCUAGUUCCAUGUGUACUAAUCUCAUUUGAGCGUGAACACAUACUCAUGUGGAGAGGAAGAGAUUGGAAGUCAUCCCUCCCAAAACUAGAGAACAACUCGCAGCCUAAAAAUUCAGAAGCUAACGGUGCAAUUUCCUCUGUAACACAUUUAGGUGGCAAAGAAGUUAGCGCAUCGUCUAUUCCAGAAUCAGAAGAACAUACUUCUGUUGCAACCCUAAGCUCAAGCACUUCUCCCACAUCCAGUGAAGAUGUUGGGAUGGUGGAAUGUGAGGGUGCAAGUGUUGAGCCUGAUCAGUUUGUUGAAGUAAACGAUUCAUCAUCUCUAGUUUCUUUCUCCGUUUUAAAUGAAAAGAACAUUAGUGCAAGUGAAAACCAAAGAACACCCACCGGCAGUGUCGGUGCUGGUUCUGAACUUUUAACUGAAAGCAACAGGGGCCAGACCAUGGCUCAUGGUGCUGGCUGUGAUACUGAUGGUUCAACUUCUGUGUCAAUGGAGUAUGACGACAUCAGCUUUGAAACCAUUAGCAGCUGUGGGAAUCAGCUAAAACCUCCAUCUGUGGUUCCUGCAGCUCGUGACAAGCUGCAAGAAGAUGUACCAGAAACAUCUCAAACUCUCAGUGACACAAAAAUGCUAAGCCCACAUUGGACAGAGGGAAUUCGGGCACUCUGCAAUGAAGCUAUUGAGAAUGGGGCUGCAGUUAUUUUGGACGAUUCUAGUUUAGAUGCUGACAUUGUUUAUACAAGAGCAGUUGCUCUUGCCAAGUCUGCUCCACCCGGCCCUGCUUUCAGGCACCGAUCCAGGAAGCAGGCAGUUCCGAAAUUUGAGAAGCAAAGAAGUGGAGAUAUGGAGGUUAAAGAAGUUAUGAUAGUUUCUGAGAAGCAAGGAAGUGAGAGAAAGAGUUUGAGAAAUCAAAGAAUGAAGGAUAUACAGGAAGAUUAUCCUGAUGUGGUUCCACAAGGAAGCCUGAGAGUAGAUGAACUUGCAAAGCUACUAGCUUAAUGGAUAUGCUGAAACUUGACUCAAAGUUUUCAGUGCCUUUUUAUACUAAUAGCAUUGCAUCAUUUUUGGUA